AUGCACAAGAAACGAUUUGUGCAGACUAGUUUAUCUCGCGCCCUCAUCGCCUCGGACUCAAGAGUUAGUCCAGGCCACACCUCAGACGUGCUGACCAUCGCCGCCUCAGCCAAACUGGCCGGCGUGAACGUCCCUUGGCCCGGAAUAGACACCGACGGAUGCAAGCAGCUGGAAGGAGGUUCCAACCCGUGCGACUGGACCAUGCAGGUGGACGUCCUCAACGAGUACCUAGUGCUGUCGACCGUCGUGAUGUUCAAGCUGAAGGACGCCGACGGGGACCUUGAAACGUGCGUCGUAGUUCCUGGGACUCCCGUAUGA